AUGGCGCCGCCGACGCCGGUGUCAUCGAGGCCGUCGCCGCACAGGCCGGCGCUUCGGCCGGGCAGCUUGCAGCGCCUGCUCCGCCAGCCGGACCCCUCCGAUGACGACGACUCAGCACCCACACCGCGCUCGCGCUCGCGCGCCCACGUCCUGCUCCAGGUCACAAACAUCACGCCGGCGCUCUCCGGCGCCGACCCCUUCUCGGGCCACCACGGCUUCUACCUCCGCCUCUCCGACUCGUCCCGCUCCUGCUACGUCUCCCUCCACGCCGACCACGACGACCUCAUCCUCGCCAACGGCCUCCACAUCGGUCAGGUCAUCGAGGUCGAGCGCCUCGAGCCGUCCGUCCCGGCGCCCGUGCUCCGAGGGUUCCGCGUCCUCCCCGGGCGGUACCCCUGCGUCCGGCAGCAGGACUCCGGCGACGACGAGGUCAAGGAGGUCGUCUCCGAGCGCCCGCGCCGGCCGUCGCCGACGCCCCCGCUGCCAGAGAGGAGGGCACGGCAGGUGGGAUCCCCCGCCGCGAUCGGCCACCACCACAGGUCACGGUCGAUAACGAAUCUGUCCGAGGCGGGCUCGCCGGCGUCGGCGGCGGCGAAGAGGAGGGAGAGAGAGCGAAGGGGCUUGGACUCCCCAAGAAAUCUGAGGAAGAUCAGCGUCCCGUCCGUCGACGGCAACAGCAGCGACGACGAUGACGAGUCGGACGUGUCGUCGUCGUACUCGUCGUUGUCCACCGCGAGGAAGAACUGGGAUUUCACCGGGAGCAUCAAGGACGUGAGACCCGUCUUUCCCCGGAGACGUAGCAACAGUGUUUCUCCAGGUAAAUCCGGCCCAAAUCCCAUUGCGCACCAGAACGACGCAACGAACGAUCCUCUGGAGUCCGUGAGGAGGAAGGCCGAGAAGGCGUUCAAGGUGCUCUCCAAGAGGAACAACCACGCGUCUAGCAAGACGCCGAGAGAGAGCCCGUGUGCUGCGGCGACGCUGCAGAGCGCUUCGUCGAGCGGCAUCAAGUGGUGCGAGAACAAUGUGAUGUGGAGCUCACUCUCUUCAAGCUUGGUGAGGCACGGGAAGGAAGCAGUGAAGCAGAGAGACAUGGCGCUUCAAGCUGUGCUCGAUGGAUUGCUAGAAGCAUCUGCCAUUGAGAAGUUGAUAAAAUGCCUGAGCAUAUACUCUGAACUACAAUCUGACAAGGACGACGACCCGAACGAGCUCAUCGACAGGUUCUUGCGGUUCUCUCAAGAUCUGGAUCAUGCUAUCUUUAUUGCUCAGUCACAGAACAGGCUUAGACAAGCAAAAGCAUGCUGUUCCAAUUCAACAUCCUCAGCCUCGGCGAAAGCUGCCACGAAGUCUGCAUUGGACAGGAAGCAAUCUGCCAUCUCAUGGAUCAGAGCAGCCAUUGAAGCAGAUCUCUCACCUUUCUCUAGCCACACAAGAGCCACCUCUGAAUCUGCAAAGGCAUCAGUGGCCGAAGCGAAGCCUGUAUGCCCACUGUUCUGUUCCAAGCCAAAGUGCAACUGCAAUAGUAGGCCCUCGAAGAGAACUUCUGAUGCAUCCACUGAAGGAAGCAAUCUGAAUGCAGCCAUGGACCUGGCUAUCGCAAUGCGGUCGGACUGCAAUGGAUGGUUCCUCAAGUACAUCGACAAGUUCUUGGAUGACAUUGAGAGCGAGACCGACUACGCGACGAGUGAAUCCAAGGUUGCAGGCCUUCUUCAGCAGCUGAAGAAGGUGGAUGACUGGCUCAACCGUGUCGUGCGGCAUGAGAGGAUGUUUUCGAUCGACAGAAGCAACAAGGACAGUGUACUUUCUGAGGAAGAAGAGAGUGAUGCAUGCGAGAGAGUACGGAGGAAGAUAUAUGGAGCACUUUUAAGACAUGUACAAUAUGCUGCAAUGGCGCUGGAGAGUAUAAACAGUGUAACUGAUGAAGAAAAAUAG